AUGGAAAAAAUCCUGAAAACAGAAUUGAAAACUUCUGUCCUGAAGGCGUUUGGAAGCUCGGGAGGAGGAUACAUUAGCCAAGGCCAAGCUUAUGAAACAGACAGUGGACGAGUAUUUGUUAAAAUCAACCACAAACCACAGGCUAGAAAAAUGUUUGAAGGGGAAAUGGCAAGCUUGGAAGCUAUUCAGAAAACUAAUGUUGUGAGAGUGCCUCAGCCUAUUAAAGUAAUUGACCUGCCUGGAGGAGGAGCAAUGUUUGUCAUGGAGUACCUAAAGAUGAAGCACCUCAACAAAUAUUCUUCAAAACUUGGUGAACAGAUAGCAGAUCUUCAUCUUUAUAACCAGAAACUUGCAGAGAAAUUAAGAAAGGAGGGAAACACAAUUGGUAAAGGAGCAGGUCACUUUGAUUCUCAGUAUGUGGAUAAGUUUGGAUUCCAUAAAGCCACUUGCUGUGGUUAUAUACCACAGGUGAAUGAAUGGCAGAGUGAUUGGCCUUCCUUCUUUGUUCGCCACCGACUCCAAGCUCAGUUGGAUUUGAUUGAAAAAGAUUAUGGAGACAGAGAAGCCAGAGAACUUUGGUCACAGCUAAAACUAAAGAUUCCUGAAAUGUUCUGUGACAUAGAAAUUGUUCCUGCUCUUCUGCAUGGAGACCUGUGGGCAGGAAAUGUGGCUGAGGACGACUCUGGGCCAAUUAUCUUUGACCCUGCUUCCUUCUAUGGCCAUUCAGAAUUUGAACUGGCCAUAGCUGGAAUGUUUGGUGGGUUCAGCAGCUCUUUUUUCUCUGCCUAUCACAGUAAAAUACCCAAAGCUCCAGGGUUUGAGAAACGAAACAAAUUGUAUCAACUCUUUAAUUACAUAAACCACUGGAACCAUUUUGGGACGGGGUACAGGGGUUCUACCAUAAAUGUAAUGAGGAAACUUCUAAAGUAG